AGCCCCGGCAACCCGAACAGGGAAGGUGUACCAAAGACUGGAGUAGUUCAUAUUGAUUUUCUCCAAGUCUUUGGUUUUAGCCUAACUUCCUGAUUCCAACUAUUAUACAAAACCAAAAGACGGCAAGAUGAUGUACGGCAGUAACCAAACUGUAGUAGACAUGGUUCCAGCUGAUAUGAUGGAUUUAAUCGACCCACACUGGUACCAAUUUCCACCCAUGAAUCCAUUAUGGCAUGGUCUUUUAGGCUUCACUAUAGGUGUUCUUGGCUUUAUAUCCAUCAUUGGUAAUGGAAUGGUUAUCUACAUUUUUACAUCUACUAAGAAUCUUAAGACGCCUUCCAAUUUGCUCGUCGUCAAUCUUGCCUUCUCCGACUUUUUGAUGAUGUGUGCGAUGGCCCCUGCAAUGGUUAUUAACUGUUACAAUGAAACUUGGGUAUUCGGUCCUUUUGCCUGUGAGCUGUACGGUUGUGCUGGAUCACUAUUCGGUUGUGUGUCAAUAUGGACUAUGACAAUGAUAGCAUUUGAUCGAUACAAUGUCAUCGUAAAAGGUAUCGCUGCUAAACCCAUGAGUAAGAACGGCGCACUGGCACGUAUUCUUGCGGUUUGGAUUGCUGCCUUAGCUUGGACUCUGGCCCCGUUCUUUGGAUGGAAUAGAUAUGUGCCGGAGGGAAACAUGACAGCAUGUGGAACUGAUUACCUAACUAAGAACUGGAACAGCCGCAGCUACAUCCUCGUGUACUCAAUUUUUGUCUACUUCGCGCCACUUUUACUUAUCAUCUAUUCCUAUUUCUUCAUUGUAAAGGCGGUGGCUGCUCAUGAGAAGACUAUGCGAGAACAAGCUAAGAAGAUGAAUGUUGCUUCGCUUAGGUCAUCUGAGACAGCCAACGCUAGCACUGAAUGUAAAUUGGCUAAGGUGGCACUAAUGACGAUAUCUUUAUGGUUCAUGGCCUGGACGCCGUAUCUCAUCAUCAACUUCACGGGCAUCUUCGAGAGCGCUCCUAUCAGCCCACUAGCCACCAUCUGGGGCUCACUUUUCGCCAAGGCUAAUGCUGUUUACAACCCCAUUGUAUACGGUAUCAGUCAUCCAAGAUAUCGAGCGGCGUUGUACAAGAAAUUCCCUUCAUUAUCUUGUGAGGCGACGUCAGACGACAGCGAAUCUGCGAUAUCUCGAGCUACAAAUGUUUCCGAAGAAAAACCAUCUGCUUGAUCUCCCAGAUAAAAGGGACAGAUAUUCCAUAAUCAAUAUCUUGCCAGAGACUACUCCUUUAUUGGCAAAAUACUUGGCUUUGUUGUACGGAUUAACGAUGUAACUAAAUAAUAAAAAGCAAUUGGUUCAAAACCUUUA